ACGGCGGCGCUCGCCGUCCAAGUCACACCUUCCUUCGCCUACCACUGCAGCAGAUCCAACAACACAUCCAACAGCACAGCCCGUCAGCGUGUCCUGAGCACAUUCGGGGCACAUCCAGCACCACAGCAAUCAUGUCUCAGCAAUCUCCAGCUCGCGACGACAAGAACUCGCUACCCGACGGUGUCAAAGGCCCAGACAUCAGCAACCUCAACGCUGCGUUCCACUUCUACUACGACCAAGCCCGGCGUGCGCACUGUGACGGUGACAACGACAAGCCACUGGUGCCCCCGCUCCGCGAAGCCGGUGCCUGCCUCAUCCUCGCCCAGGGACCAGAGUACCCUUGCGACAAGGUCGAGCUUGCCGAGCGUGGCCUAGAGCUCUACGAGAAGGUCGAGAAGAUCACUGCUGCCGAGGGACCCCACAGAGAGUACAUCACGGCAGCCCUCGAUCGUGCCAGACGGGUCUUGGCCCUGACACAGGAACACCUGGCUCGCUCCAUCGCAGAGGACGAGGCCCGCGGCCCUAUGUCCGAGGAGGAACUCGCCAAGAUGCGCAGCGACAUGGUCGAGCGCUACUGCGAGGCGGAGGGUUGGUUCCUCCCAGAAGAGGAGAAUGCUGCACACCUCGAAGGUUCGGGCAACGAUGACAGCGACAGCGACAGCGUCACCGACGGGCUCGACAACACGCAGCUCGACGACACGCAGCUUGACAACAUGGCCUCGCAGUCUUCUGUCAGCACGGUCACAAUGGCCGGCGAUGAGUCCAAGGCCUCGGCCGCGACGACUGACGAGUCGCAGACUGUCCUGAUGGGGGAGAGACCAGUUUACACCCUACUCGGCUGGCCAAGCGACGACGAGGACUUUCAGCCAUCAAUGCCCUUCCGCACUCCAUCGAACAACCGUGUCUCGCCAACCCACUGGAGAGGCGUGAGACAGGACCAAGACAACUUGACCGAGGACCUGGCUCGCAAGUGCUCGUCCGUGUUGGCGAGUCAAUGCCCAAUUUUGUGCUGA